AUAUUCUAAAUAAAGCCUAAAAAAUAUAAAUGAUAAAACUAAUAUAGAAUAAGCUAUGAUAUGGAUCAACUCAAUAUGUCCGUUUUCUAUUAAUAGAUUGAAUGGAGUAGUUAAAUAAGAAAUAAAAAAUAAAAAAUUAUAUUGCGGGGAUGAUGUAAUUAGUAGAUUAAGGAUUGGUAUGAUCUAAUUAGUUAGAUUUUGCAAUAUACGUCACUGUUCGGAAAAGAGAUAGAUUCAAAUGGAAUACUUUCAAUAGUUUCUAAUAACUUUACAAGAAAUCAAUACAUUUCACGUCUUAUUAGAAAAGCAGUAGAAACAAAAAAAUAAAAAAAAUAACAAAAAAAGAAAGAAAGAAAAAGAAUAAAGAAAAAUAAACUUUGAAAGAAUUAAAGAAAAAGAAACAUUUGCUAAAAUGGAGAGAAUCUCAGAAAUUAAUUAACAAGUUAACAAAAACGAUGUUAACAAAAAGGACACCCUUACCAUCACUGACAGAAAGGGUAAUACUUUCGAAUUGAAGAUCCACAAUAACGAAUUCAUCUAAGCAAAUGACUUGCUCAAAGUUGGAUUAAAAGACGAAGGAGUUUUACGUAGUUAUGAUCCUGGUUAUAUGAAUACCAUAUGUUGUACUUCCAAGAUCAGUUAUAUCGAUGGUGACAAAGGUAUUUUAGAAUACAGAGGUUAUCCUAUUGAACAAUUGGCUGAAAAGUCUAACUUCCUUGAAGUUGCCUUCCUCUUGAUCUACGGAGAACUUCCCACUCCUUCUCAAUUCUAAAUCUGGAAGAACAAAAUUUAAACACACACUUUUGUCCACUAAGAUAUCAAUCAAAUGAUGAAGUCUUUCAGAUACGAUGCCCAUCCUAUGGGUAUGCUUGUUUCUACCAUAGCCGCUACUUCAACAUUCCACCCUGAAGCAAACCCUGCUUUAUCUGGUUAAAAUAUUUAUGAAGACUCUACUGUUAGAAACAAAUAAAUUCAUAGAAUUCUUGGUAACAUCACAACUAUUGCUGCUAACUGUUACAGACACAGAAUCGGUCGUUCCCAUAACAAGCCUCAUCCUAAAUUGGACUACGUUGAAAACUUCCUUUACAUGUUAGAUCGUUUGAAUGAAAAUAAAUAUUUACCUCAUCCUAAAUUAGUUAAGGCUUUGGAUAUUUUAUUCAUCUUACACGCAGAACAUGAAUUAAAUUGUUCUACUGCUGCCAUCCGUCAUUUAUGCUCAUCAGGAGUCGAUGUUUAUUCAUGCAUUUCUGGUGCUGCUGCUGCUCUCUAUGGACCCAAGCAUGUAAUAAUUAAAUUUUAAUUUAUAUUCUUCUUAACAAUAAAUAAGCUGAAAUAUUUAAAUUUCCAGUAGUUUAGUUAUAAAAAUUAUAAAGCAAAAGUAAAAAAAGCAUUCUUAAAUAAGGAAUAUGAAAAUAUGAAUUGGUGAAAUGCAAAUUAAAAAUAAAGAAAGAAAGAAAUUAGCAAUAAUAUAAAAUAAAUAAAGAUUUGAAUGAAUUAAUUUACUUUAAUUGAUAUUAGCAAAGCAUUGAAAAAUAAAUUGUUUAUAAACAAUUUAAUUUUAUUAAUAAAGGGUGGUGCCAAUGAAGCUGUCUUAAGAAUGUUAAAUCAAAUUGGUAAGAAGGAAAAUAUUCCUCAAUUUAUUCAAGAUGUCAAAGACCGUAAGAAAUUAUUAUUUGGUUUUGGUCACAGAGUUUAUAAGAGCUACGAUCCUAGAGCUAAAAUUAUCAAGAGAGUUGCUGAUGAAGUCUUUGAAAUUGUUGGAAAGGAACCUCUUGUUGAAAUAGCUAUUGAAUUAGAAAAGAUUGCUUUAUCUGACGAAUAUUUUGUUAAGAGAAAACUCUACCCCAACGUUGACUUUUACAGUGGUGUUAUCUACAAAGCUAUGGGCUUCCCCACUGAUAUGUUCCCUGUCCUCUUCACUAUUCCUAGAGUUGCUGGUUGGUUAGCCCACUGGAACGAGUUCGUUAAUGAUCCUGAAAAUAAGAUUGUUCGUCCUCGUCAAAAUUAUCAAGGUCUUUCUAACAAGGAUUAUGUUGAUAUCUCCCAACGUUAAGAAAAAUCUUCAUACUUAGAUGCAUACAAAAGUGCUACUUCUAGAAGAAGAUAAGUUUCUGUCGAAUAUACAGCCUAACGUAAAGAAGCCAAGCAAAGUGCUACUUAAGCUUGAGGGAAAAUAUAAAUAUUAUUUAAAUACCUCUAAAAACUUAAUAUAUAAUAAAUUUUACUCCAUCAAAUUUAUAUAAAAUAUAUUCUAAUUGUAUUAUUUCCUUUUUUUCUAAAUAGUUAUUC